AUAGAUCACAUAGAUAUAGAAAUCAAAUAAUAGAACAAUUCUUGGUUCUAUCUCUGGUUCUAUCUCAUACGUCAGAUGUUCGUUCGUUAUUCAUUGGACCCCAAUCGGUCUCUCUUCGGUCCCUGUCGGUCUGUGCUCGAGCAUUCAGCAAAUUGCCGCGAAAUUCCUGUUUUGUUGAGUUUGUUUGUUCGCGUCAAUUCACAAGAAGAGAAGAGUCCAAAGGAACUAAAAAUAAUCGAACGAAACAGUUGGUAUUGCUACUGGUUUGCUGCAUGCCGGAUAAGCGAGGUGAGCGUAUCAACUGCGUACUAUGUCGAUCUGGUCGUCAAAGUACAGCAACAUUAGCAAGAGCAAGAAUGCGGAAGAUUGACUGGCCAGCCACGACUGAAGGUUCCAUCAAUGCUGACCAGGAUCCACAAAUCCAUACGAGGAUAGAUGAUGCAUUUUCCAGUGUUCUGCAAUAUAUGUCGGUCACCAGUCGACAAUGCCGGAGAUAUUUCAAAUGCUCACCCCUUCAUGACGAUCACGACGAAGAACAUAUCAAGAGAUUUCAUCAUUCCAAAUAUACAUCAGUCACAUACGGGAAUCCGCUUCAAAAAUCCGAAGAUGUUCAUGUCGAACUUACGCCUGGCACCUACGCGGUCACUGCUGGUCAAUGGGGUGCUCCAAGGAACCACACGCAGGUCGUAAGGCUGGAUCCAGGGCAGACCGUCGAUAUGACUUUCACGUGUCACUGAAGACUACUAGUUUGUACCAAUAUACGCUGUACUUUUCUCCAAUUAUCACACUCAGUACUCACGGCCCUUCAGUACGAAUAGAUUUAUAUUGGUAAUAUUGCUGAACUUACACUGUACAUGUAUGUAGUCAAAUCACGAUGCAUAGAUAAAUUAUUUUUUUAAAAGAUGUCAUGCCCAUAAAAUGACGUCUCACCAUGCACUGUAUAUUUAAUAUUAUUAAAAAUAAUGCAAAAUAAUUAUGAUUUUUGGCACU